AUGCAUCUGGAGUUUCCAGAUGAAGACAUCAAGGCCUUGUUUGAAGAAAAGUUAAAGGAUGAGGAUAGGGACAAGUGGAUCAUGUGGUUCGACGGUGCAUCCAACACCCUAGGCCAUAGGGUUAGGGCGGCUUUGGUCUCUCCUGACAAUCAAUGCAUUCCCUUCACAGCCAGAUGGUAUUUCGAUUGCACGAAUAAUAUGGCUGAAUAUGAGGCAUGCGCUCUCAGAAUCCAAGCGGCAAUUGACUUUAACGUCAAAUUGCUCAAAGUGUACGGAGACUCGACCUUGGUAAUCCACCAGCUGAGGGGAGAAUGGGAAACUAGUGAUAAAAAAUUGAUACCCUAUCAGGCCUACAUCAAGAAAUUGGCGAAGUUCUUCGACGAUGUCUCCUUCCACCAUAUUCCUAGAGAGGAAAAUCAGAUGGCUGACGCGCUUGCCACUCUAGCUUCCAUGUUUCAGCUAACCCCACAUGGAGACUUGCCGUACAUCGAGUUUUGA